GAGAAGGUACUCAUCGCAGCCAUGUUUUACAAUAACGAACGUGUCGUCCCAUUCUGGACCCAGGAAAUCACCAAGGUCAUCCGGUACCUGGGGACGGACAACGUCUACAUCUCCAUCGUCGAGUCCAACUCCGAUGAUUCCACGCCCUCCCUGCUCCGCGCGUUUGACUCACAACUAUCCACAAUGAACGUCUCCCGCCGGAUCCUUACCAACGACACGUCCAUCGCCCGUCCUAAAUCCAUGUCUACCUCUCUGCCUCGGAUCGAGUUCCUCUCCGCCGUUCGAAAUCGCGUUAUGGAGCCACUCAUCAAUCAGCCCGAUUUUGACCGCGUGGUGUUCAGCAAUGAUGUGUUCGUAACAGCGGAGGGCGUCGUCGAAUUGUUGAAUACCCGGGAUGGGAACUACGACAUGGCGUGUGGUACCGAUCUGGCCUAUUGGGGCCUACACGACGCCUGGGUGACCCGUGAUCGUCUCGGCCAUCUUGUCUCCUCUCAAUGGCCAUACCUCCUCGAGGAUACCGGCAUGAAUGCCAUCAUGAAAGACGAACCUGCACCGGUCUUCACCUGCUGGAACGGUAUCGUCUCUUUCCGUCCCGAUCCUUUCCUCCCUCCAUCCUCGCGCAAGUCGGGCGCCCUGUCGACGGUGCCAGCAAAUUUUGAGGUUCCGGAGAGUCAUCCGUGGGUACAGGAAGGAAGAGUGAAGAAGGGAAUGGCACCGGUUGAGAUGCCGGAGCUGAGGUUUAGGGCGAGUGGACGGAGGGAGUGUUUUGGGAGUGAGAGUUUCAAUCUACCGUAUGAUCUAAGGAGGGUUUACGAUAUGCAAGAGAUAUACAUGAACCCUCGUGUGAUCACAUCGUACGAAUGGUCCUACUUUGUCUGGUACAAAUACAUCACUAGGCAUUGGCUCGUUAAGUGGUGGAUCGAAAAGGUGGAGAUGGGGGACGGAAUGCAUCGAGCGAAAAUGAUCGUUGGUGAGGCGGACAGGGUGUGGACUUGGGAUGGUGGAGAAUGUCAACCAGGACUGGACUGGUCGUGAACUAUAAUCUGUGCGGCGGCGUACCGACAUGCUUGUGUGGCACCACCGACUCCUAGCCAUGGGCGAAAUAUUGCGCGGUGGCUUUCUGAUGUGCCAAUAACCCUUCCCAAUAUUUCCCAGUGUGGAACUGGAACCUCCGAGUCUGCAACACUCUUGGUAUCAGAUCACGAUUCGUACCUCUACCGCCUUCUGAGUCGCUACCGCUCUCAACGCUCUCAUUUUCCCGGUCCUCUUCUUGACC